GGGCGCUGCUGUUUGUUGGGAUGGCGGUGGCAAGGCUGAGUCUCCCAAGCCAGAUCCCCGGCAGACAGAACUCACCAGAGAAUUAAGAAGAAAAUUUUAUGCAGGCUAUUGCAGAAGGGAGAAUGUUCAUUAAUGGAAUACGUUUCAUAGAAGAAGGGGAAAAUGUGAGUUUUUACGAAACAAGGGAGUCAAUGAAGAAACAAAGAGGUUUUACUGAAGAAACCUCUUAGAGAUUCAUCGCAUUUCUAACAUUACUAUUUACAGUUUGGAGUUGUCAGCUUUCUCAUGAGAUCUAUUCUGACAGUCAAAAUGAAAGCUUUCUUUGAGGUGUUAGAACAGUUAUACAAGAAGGUACUUCUGGGAGCCACACUUGAAAAUGAGAGCCACGAUUACAUCUUUUAUCUCAACCCAGCAUUUUUAGAUCAAGAUUGCUCUACAACCCCUUCUUCAGAAUGCCACCACUGCCGUGGUGUCCAAGGCAGGCACCAGCCACUCAGUGCCAAGUUGGCUACCAUUUCUGUAGCAUCUGUGUGUUUGAAGAGACACUCUGUGAUGUGCAGCGCCCGGGAAAUAAAGCUCCUUCAGUUAACCGUAAUCAAAGUGAUGAUAACCAGAAUAUUGUCUGUUGAAACUGACUUCCACGCAAAGGAAAAAUACAGAGAUAUAAUUAAAAUUCUUUUAGAAUCAUCCAUCGAUUCUACAUUAACCUGUAUGUUCCAAAACUCGGAUAAAUUGUUAUGUCACGUGGCUGCAAAGUGCCUUGCACUGCUUCUGUAUUUCCAAGUGAGAGAAGAGAUAGCAUUAAGUAAUUCCUGGAUUGCUUUUUGUCAAACAAAUCUUUCUGAAUACCCUGAAAAUGAGAAAGCAGUGCACUGCCUUUGGACCCUUACUUUUAUACUAAAAGAAGUCUUUAAAGACACACAUUCACAAAAAGCAGAAAUUUUAAAGCAGUUCCUGACUCCUUUUGACACUGCUUUUGAAGUUUUUUACAAUUCCUUAUUUUCUCAGCAUUUUGAAAGCUGCCAAGAUACCUCAAAAAUAAUAAACAGCUUGAUAGGUUCCCUGGAAUUGCUCGAACUUCUUACAGCUUCCAGAAUCCAUCUGAAGCUACAUUUCACUUGCCAGAGGAUUUUCUUUUUGAAACCUUCUCAUGUGCUGGCUGUUAUCACCUGGCCUGUUCAGGCUUUUGUCAAAAGGAAGUUCAUCGUAUUCAUCAAAAAGUGCCUUCUCUGGAAAGUGGGUGAAGAUCUGUGUCGGGGGUCUGGCCCUGCUCUCGUGCCACCAGAUCAGCAUUUUGAUGUAGACAUGUUGGCCGUAGCUGAUGCAGUAUUGCACGCUGUGAAUUUGGGCUUAUUGAGGACCUUGUCUGUCCGUGGAAAACCUCCCUGCUUCGGUGGAGAUGAAGUUCAACCAGCACAUGAGCGAGUCCCUGGUCCAGAUCAUGUAAUCCUCAGAGCAGCAAGCCUACUUAUCAUUAAAUCCUUAGAAAUCAAGUUUCAAGGCUGUGCUUCAGCAAAUGAAAUGAAAGUUGAUUUACAGAAUUUCAUGGCUGACUUACUGACCUUCUUAAAGCCUCACCUUCAGCCCUCCCUUCACCCACACAAUCCAUGUGAGUGGAUCUCCAGGGUCUUCAUAGAACAAGAUGACGACAUGCUGGAGGCUGCCAGAGCAUCGUUGGGCAUCUACCUAAAGUUGAUCGGAGAAUGUAAAGCUACUGAAAGCUUGACCCAAGAAAAAGAAAUGUGGAGCCAUCACACACAUGAAUAUGGCUAUAACCCACACUGUGUUUUCUUAUUAUUACUGAAAAAUACAGGAUUUGAUCCUUCAGUUCUUCUUGACUUUUUGAUUUCUUCGGAAACCUGUUUCCUUGAGUAUUUUGUUAGAUAUUUAAAAUUACUACAGAAAGACUGGACUAACUUUUUCACGAUCUGCAAGUAUUUUGAUGUAACCGAAUCUAAAGAAAACAUAAAUAUUUAUGUGUGUAGCCCCUCACUUGUCCAGGACAGAAGCAGCAGGCAGGCAGAACUGAGCCCUUCGGCUGCUCUUGGUAGUCACAGAAAUGCUCGUGCUUCCACCUCCUGGGCUUCCGAUGCCUCUUCCAAACCUCUGAACCAGCUUGUGAUGUCCAAGGAGACCGUGGCUAUGCUCCAAGCUGAUAGCCCACCUCCCCCACAAGCUUCUCGAAGUCUGGUAGAUUAUGAGAGCUCUGAGGAUUCUGAGGUAGAAGACACAGACCAGCAUUCAGCAAACAGUAAAGAAGUAUCUUUACACCAAGAAGCAAUGAAGAAAUUUCAGGACACUGUUGGAACAAGUGGGAAUAAAACAGAACUGAGCCUGGAGCCUGAGUCAAAACCUCUGGUUCCCAAACAAUCUAAUACUCCCUUCUCCAUUGAUUGUGAUACAGCCCCAAAUAACGUCUGUGAAGUGGGCAUGUGUUACAGAACACUGAAGUGCUUUGAAGAGCUGCAAGGUGCCAUUGACCGCUUGCAGAAGAAAAAUCUUUUCCCAUAUAAUCCCACAGCACUUUUAAAGUUGUUAAAAGGUACAGAGACAAUAUAUAAUGAGAGUUUGAACGCUUUCUAAAACGGUAGCAUUUUAUUUCCAGGAGCUGUUUCUCCUUAAUAUAAAUUGUGCCUUAAUGAGAGGAUAGUAAAAAAACAACAAACAAACAAAACACCCUCACAGGCAUUCUCUACAUCAAGCCUGUUCUUUUUGACCUUUCGAAGUAACCUAGUGACUGACAAAUAUACAUCAGAUGACAAGUUACCUGCUACAGUUGUACAUCACUUGAAAUUUACAGGGUUUGAAUUUGGGAUGGUUAUUCUGUUAGUUUGCUAGGGCUGCUGUAACAAAGUGCCACAAAACUUGGUGGUCCAAACGACAGAAAUCUAUUCUCUCAUAUAGUUCUAGAGACCAGAAGUCCAUUAUCAAGGACUCAACAGGGCCAUGCUUUCCCUCAAAGCUCUAGGGAAGCCUUCCACGCCCCUUCCUGUCUUCUGGCGAUUAAUGGCGGUCCAUGGUGUUCUUCAGCCUGGAACUGUGUCCCUCCAGUCUCUUCCCCUGUUGUCACAUGAGGUUUGCCUUCUAUGUGUCUGUACCAGUCUCCCUCUUAUAAGGACACCAGUCAUUGGAUUAGGGUCCCCUGUCAUCUAGUAUGAGCUCAUAUUAACUUACUACAUCAGCAAAGACCCUUUUUCCAAAUAAGGUCACACCCACAGGUUCUGAGUAGAUGUGACUUUUGGAAUUGACACUAUUUAAUCCAGUAUUAUUUACCAUUUCCCUCCGAGGUAUUUACAUGUAAUGUGAUGUAUAAAACCUUACAAUCUCAGUGAUUAUCUCUGUGUAUGUGUAGGUCUGUAGUCUGUUCUGUGAAAAUGAAAUCUCUUUAAAACAGAUUUUUCGAUCACUAGAUAAUAUUCCUAUUUAAAAUUGUUGUGAGGUGCACCUGGGUGCCUCAGUUGGCUAAGCGUCCAACUCGAUUUCAGCUCAGAUCAUGAUCUCACAGUCAUGAGAUCGAGCCCCAUCUCAGGCUUAGUACUAAUUCAGGUGGAAAUGGAAAGAUCAGUGAGACUAAAUAGAGGAUUGCUAAGUGAGACAGCAGUGAGAUGCUAAUGUUAAUCAGAUAGAAUGCAGAGGUCAAGGGGUGCCAAGGUGGCUCAGUCGGUUAAGCAUCUGACUUGGUUUCACCCCAGGUCAUGAUCUCAUGGUUCAU